ACUCCGGCCACUCCGGCAGUCCCGCUCGCCCUCGGCCGCAGUUCGGGCGCGUCGGCACGCGUCGGCAGCUUGCCGCGAUCGCGUAAAGUUCGCGCGUUACUUGUGCAGUGCGAUGUGUUCUGAGUGAGUGCAAGUGAUACGUGCGCGCUUUGAGCGCUGCCAGCGCGUGUGACGCUGGUGACUGCAGUCGCGUCGCCAAGUUCGUUGAAGACUUGUAGGAGUUACAAGCGUGCACUGCUUCUCUGCCUUCAGUUGAUAUUUAUUUAGACGGGGUCGCAGGCGGGCGCAGUGAUGUAGCACUCGUGAGCAGACGACCCGCAGCGACACGCGGCAGCAUGGCCGACGACAAUACCAUCAUCGAAGGCACCGUGAAGUUUCGCGACGGGAAGAAGUGGAAGUCGCGGUGGUGUGUCAUGCGCAAGUUAUCGCCGGUGGCAGACUGCGUGCAUCUGCAGUUAUAUCGCGACUCAAAGGCGCGGUGGGGCGGCGCGGCGUCGAAGGCGUCGCUCUCGCUGCAGCAGUACCUCGGGUGCGAGGCAGGCUUCACGCUCGACAAGCACUCCAAUACGCUGGCGCUGGUGUGCCGCGACUUGGUCGCGAUCGUUGCGUUCGAGACGCGCGAGCGACUGAUCCAGUGGCAGGUGAAGGUGAGCGCGCAUCUCGGCGAGGCGCGCCACUACUUGGUGCUGGUGGGGUCCGGGGGCAACAAGCGCGUGCCCGCGGGGCCUGCACGCCUCCAUCUGCACGCGACCCGAUUCGCGCUCACUGCCGGCGUGCCGCCCAGGCUGCUCGGCAUCUGGGAGCUCGCGCAUCUUAGGCGGUACGGCGUGGUGGAGGGGCGGUUUUGCUUCGAAGGCGGCUCGCACUGCGGCAAGGGGGAGGGGCUGCACGUGCUGGUCACGGACCAGGCCAAGGACAUCGCGCGUGACUUCGAGCUCGCUUCACAGGGUCGCCUCUCACCGCGCAGGCGACCGAUCAACGCCAAAAAGAAUGACGCAACGGACAGCCCCAAAUCGCAAAAAGCGUACCGGCCGGACACGCGGCUAUCUGAGCUUAACACUGUCGACUACUCGCUACCGCCGAUGGACCUGCGGCUGUACGAGGACCCUUGUGUCGGCGAGGAUGCGGGCGCCAUCUCCCCCUACUGGCCUUCAGCAGAGAGAACACAUUUCCAGGACUUGGGAUUGGGCGACACGGCCUCUGUUAACGAAACCAUAGAGGGCACGGAAGCAACGCAGUGGAGCGCGGCGGGCAACGUCACGCUCGAGCGGUGUAUGAGUUGUAUAUCGAAACUGGGCGCGCUGUCGCGGUCAUCGACGGCGGCGCUUACGCCGGGCGCCAAGCACUUCAGUCCCGCGUGGACUAUGGAGGCGCUGCAAGAGGCGCCGCGAGUGGACGAUGUCCCCGCGGAGCCGUUACCCGACCGUGAGACGCUUUGCCGUUGUCCGGAGCGCGCGCCCAGCCGCCCGCCCAAGCCCACUAAAUUUGAGCUUCAUUUGACUAGAAAGCCGCCGAUGCCGUUACCCACACAGGCUUGCCGCUGUGCACGCGUGCUCACCGUAGAAGAUAAGGCUGCCCGGGUGGGACCUUACGAAAACUAUGAUGUACCCAAACUACCUUCGGCGGAGGUGGAAGGUGAAUAUUACGACACGCCAAAAAGACUCAAAGAAUGCCUCAACAAUGAGCUCUUUAAAAUUACAAAGAGCUCGACUUCUAACGCUGUGAUACUAAAAAAACCUUGCGGUUGUUUGCUCAAAUUCGGCAAGAGACGGCGGGAGCCCACCGUGGUGGACUCGGACGAGGCGGUACAGCCGACCAGCUGCCCGUGCCAUCGCGUCACCGACUGGGCGAAUAACUGGAUCAGACUUCCGUAUUGCAGGAAGAAUACGGCGUCUAGUGAUAACCUUGUGCCAAAUAAAGAGAACCAUUUGCCAAAAAAUAGUGAUAGGAGUGCGCUGUACGCGACCAUUGACCUCUCUCGGAAAACGAGGCGGAAAGUUCGUGAUUUCAACCAAGGGGAGGAAGCAUGUGCUGCCGCAGCUCAACGGGUCGACUGCCAACAGGUAGAGAUUGACGACGGGCCGCUUGCCAAUUACGAGAACUUAAACUUUGCCUUGUCUCUUGAGCAUUAUGAAAAUGCAAAGGAUUUGCUGAGAAAAGCGGGGGUCACACAGGCCGAGCUCGAUGCAAUCAGUGCUAAUCUAAGACCCAUUUCGUUUGCAAACGUCGGCGCUAAAAGGUUAUGUAAAAAAUGUGGUCACCCUCAGGCUAGGAUUGAGAAUAAAAACUUAGAAGCCUUAAAUAUAGAAACUGGAGAUGAUUAUUUAAUGAUGGAACCAAAAUCAAUGGAAGGUAACGCAUUCGAACAGUGCAAACCUCCACCUUCAGGGUACACGCCCAUGUCACCGAUCAGCGGUUUUGCUUUCCAGUCUUUAAAACAUCCGAUGAAAAGUCCGAUCAACAGGCUGCUUGAGGAGAAGUCAGCGAGCAACCCCACCUUGUGUGGCCCCGAGGACAACCGCCGCGCCGAAGGAGCUGACGGCGAAGACAACGUUGCCAUUAGAGGGGCCGGCGACCGCGCUGAAAGAAUAGAAUAUAGAAAGCGGUCCAGUUCAGCGGAUUCGUCUCGAUUCCUGGAGGAUGUGAAAGAAUUCGAGGGAAGCGUCGGCAGCCGCGGGUCCGCCUCCUCCAUAGAGACUCUGCGCAACAUCGUGCUCGACGGACAGAGUGCGUCCAUUCCAUGCGACUGCACCGCAGAUAAUAAACAUUCCGACGCUGACAGUUCGGAGGCGUCCAAAGGACGCGGCCGAGGUGCGCUGCCUACCAAGCGGAGCUCGUCGGUGCCGGGCAAGGCGGGCGGCAACAGAGACUCGUCAAGCUCUAACGACUCGGGCGUGUCGAGUUGCUCACUGCGACGCGGCGGUGAAUUGGCGGAGUUCGAGCUGCCACUGACCACUGCGGCCGCGCGCCGGCACUACCGCAGCGCGCGUCGGGCAGCUGCAUGUCGCCACACCACGCUGCCGCGCCGCUCGCGCUCCACUGAUCUAGCCGCCGCGCAAUCCGACCGCGUGCCGGCAAAAUCCUCCUCUGCCGAGGCGGAGGUGCCCGUGCUCUCCAUCAAGCCACUCAGAGGAGUGAUGGACACGCACAGCACAUCGAGCGGCACCUCCGACAUGUCAGACUACAUCGAGACGCUGUCGAUAUGCUCCUCGCACUCCUCUACCGACACUCCCAUCACUAUGAGGGUGGUGCGACAGACGACUAGCACGCUGCGGCCGCGUUCCGGCAAGGAAUACCAGAACCUGGACCCGCGCCUCACGUCCGUGUACCGCGCGCCGCACGCGUCACACGCGCCCCAUGCACACCUCUACUCCAACCUGCCCUAAGCAACGUGAUCUCCCGCGGACGUCUCACCCCUGUAGCACAUUACAAUUUAGUUGACGUGUUGAGCUCUAUUCACACACCGCCGUGGCCGGGUCGUGGCGGGUCUGGUCAGGUCAUCGUUGUAAUAGCCAGAGUUCUAAUAAAUGACAAUUAUAUUUAUUUCCUAACGUUCCCCAUCCCCGCCACGGCUUGAAUCUCGCCCUUAUACACAUAAGGGCGAGAUUAAUAUACGCGAUUUACACAAAUAUAGAGCUUUAUGGCACGAGGUGGCUCGGCAGCGCGUUGAGGGCGAGUGGACGUGUGGUUCGCGUGUCACGCGUGCUGCGCGGCGCACGCGCUCCGGCCGUUCCGGUUUUAUUGUGAUCCGUCCAUGAUAUAUUUUCACUUACUGAGUCCACAUCGAUAGAUUGUUAAUGUUUCACGUGCGUCUUAUCCUUUCCUGCGUUCAACCUCCCUAUCCCGUCCCGCGUGUGGUGUGCGCGCGAGCGCGUGCUGCGUGGAAGUUGAAACUGAACGAAUUACAAGACAGGUGAAGUGGUUGGGAAUGUCGGCGCUGCAUGGACGUCCGUCCUGCCGCUCGUCGCUCGCGGCGGACAGGCGGCAGUCGACAGAGCUCUAGUCAAGCGACAAACUUGUGUGUAAAUACGGGAACGCUCUGUAAAUGAUGCAGUCACGCACCUACAUGUAUGCAUGUGUGCGUGUACGUAUGUAUGUAUGUUUGUAGUAAUGUAAUAAUGUACAACGAGUCUCACGUUUCUAUUUGUUACGGCGAUGUAAUAUUUUGAUAUUCGGAGUUUAUCUGAUCUAUUGAUACUUGUAUAAUUAUAGUAACUGUAGCAAUAAGCGGCGCGACCGACGGUGAUCCCUUGUAUUAUACAAACGUACGGUAACUACGACUAUUUAUAAUAUGUAUAGUUAGGAAGUAGAGAGCGAGGCGCGGGCGCGGCCGAGCGCCGUCGUGUGACGUCACACCGCGUUGCGCCGCGUCGCGCCAAGACUGGAACGUAAGCAGGUUGUUUAGGUGUAACGCUAGAAUGAAUUUAUAUAAACAAACUAAUGUUAACACUUGACAUUUCUCAAUAAAACAUCAUUAAGC